CUCUCUAUCUCUCUGUACCGCUCUGCUUUUUUUCUCUCUCCUUUGCCUUUCCUCAGCAUCCCCCCUCUCAGAGAUGGCGUGUGUCGGUGCUGCUCGGGCUGCCGGGGCCUAACGUGCACACAGAGAGAAGACCCCCCCGCCCCUCCCCUCCCAUCCUCCGAUUUGCUGCAUAUUCCUCGGGUGUCUCUUCUCACUGUGUCCUCCACCACUGCUUCUGCCUCUCAGCUCUCCCCCCACCCCACCACUCCCCGUGCGGGUGUCUGGGAGUUGGGCCCUUGGGGGUGGAGGGAAUCAACAUCGUGCUUCGCUGGGGAGCUGUGCAGAAUUAGCUAUGCCCUGCCCAGGAAUCCUAUGACCGGCUGGAUUUCUACAUUUCUGUCCGCGUGUGCGCCGGCGGACAACAUAGGAUGAAAAUCUGCAGUCAUGAUGCAAGGACUGAAAAAACGAACCAGGAAAGCCCUGGGCUUACGAAAGAGAGACAAGGAUACAGAUGCAACGACUUCACCUAACAAAGAAGGAGCUGGAAGCAGAAAGAAAGGAAAUAAAAAGGCCAAUGGAGCCCCAAAUGGUUUCUAUGGGGAGAUUGACUGGGACAGAUAUGCCUCUCCUGACGUGGAUGAGGAGGGCUUCAGCCUCCGGCCCGGUGACGAGGGCGAUGCAGCUUCCCAAGCAAAGCAGUUUUUCUCCUCCAGCGACUCCGAGGACGACGAGGACAGCAAGAAGAAGUUCAAAAUUAGGAUCAAGCCGCUGGUGGCGGACAGUGCCAAGUGUGUCCCUCCAUCUAUGGAUGAGCUAAAAGCCUCCGUGGGAGGCCUGGCACUCUCUCCAUCUCUGAAGAGAAGUCCGAGACGCAGCCCGGGACAGAUAAAAAGGAAUUUGUCCUGUGAAGAGAUUGCCAGACCCAGACGCUCCACCCCCACACCAAGUCCUGCCCCUGAGAUGCCAAGUGACAGGCUGUCGCAGAAUGUUCCUGCCUUUUUUGGGCUGCCUUCAGAGACCAAAUAUGCCAGAUAUGAUGUGGUCCCUACUGAAGUAUGGGGAGAAUCAAGACCGUGCUCAGAAUCACAGCUGAGCAGAAGUUUCCCGACAGGAGCCCCUCCUCCGCUUCCUCCAAAAAACAUUCCAUCAAGAAGUCAUUACGGCUAUUCUUCGGACUCUGCUGCUGAUCUACCCAAUGGAAGGGCAGCUCGCAGGUCUGCCCCCAUCUACCUGAACGUCCUGUCCCCCGCCUCUUACCGAGGCUCCCCGGCCCCUGACCUAGACGACGUGUUCGGCCCCACGGACGGCACCCACACCAGUGAGGAAACGAUGUCUCCCAGAUGGGUUACUUUCACCAGCGACAGACCCCCGCCGCCCGAUGAGCCUGCACCACCUCCCCCACCGGACUCUCCUCCUCCAGACACGCCCUCGUCCACCCCCUCCACCCCCUGUCUCUCUCCAGGUCCGCCGCCAAACGAGCCCCCGCCUUCGCCUCCGUCGCUUUCUCCCGGGUCUCCGCCUCCUCCUUUCACGCCACCAGAAUCACCAUCCUCCAUCGUGCUCGGACCUCCUCCUCCGGAUGAGCCAGCCCCUCCCCUGCCUCCCGACUUCUCCCCCUCUAAUUCGCCUCCAAUAUGCUUCGACCACGAGGCGAUCGAUGAGGAGGUGCUGCAGUUUGCAGAGUACUCUUCGUCUCCUGUCCCCAUCAGCCCUGUGCCCCCUCUGCCAGCGGAGUGGAGGUCUCCUCGGCCAGGAGUCACAUCUCCCCUGGUCCUGGGGGGCAUGGGGGGAAAGAGGACUCCAGAGGGAGCAUACCUGAGAGAUGAUAUCCCAGACUUUGUGGGUUCACCCAGAGAGCUGACGCCGAGCUUCAGGGGCACGCCACCUCCUCUCCCUCCAACCACCUACAGGUCUAUUAUGUCUUCCCCAGGGCCCUCCUCCGGCAGCAGCCCCUCGUCCCCAGCCCGUCCCACCACGCCUCAGUCUCGAGGCAGUCCAGUCCCCCCGCCUCCUCCUCCUCGACCGUCCUCGCGACCAAAGCUGCCCCCAGGGAAACCAAUCACAGACCUGACUCGGCCCUUCAGUCCUCCGGUUUCAGGCAGCCCCCCACCUUUCGCCCCCCUGGCCCGGGCAGAGAGCUCUUCCUCCAUCUCCUCCAUUAUCUUACAGAGUGCAGCGUCCACUCCAACCUUAGGAAGGGACCUUAACAUGUCCGCCACAGAGGCCUCACAGCCUCUGGUAUGGUUUGACCACGGCAGGUUUUAUUUAGCUUUUGAAGGAUGCUCCAGAGGACCCAGUCCGCUCACCAUGGGACCCCAGGACACUCUGCCAGUGGCAGCUGCCUUCACAGAAACCAUCAAUGCCUACUUCAAAGGCGCAGACCCCAGCAAAUGUGUUGUGAAGAUCACAGGGGAGAUGGUGCUGUCCUUCCCUGCCGGCAUAACCAGGCAUUUUGCCAGCCACCCAACUCAACCCAUCCUCACCUUUUGCAUCAGCAACUACAGCCGACUGGAGCAGGUCCUCCCCAAUCCACAGCUGUUGUGCUGUGAUUCCACAACAGACAGUGUAGACACCAAGGAGUUCUGGGUGAAUAUGCCAAACUUGAUGAGUCAUCUGAAAAAAGUGGCUGAACAGAAGCCUCAGGCAACAUACUACAACGUGGACAUGAUCAAAUAUCAGGUGUCAGCAGAGGGGAUCCAGUCCACUCCUCUGAACCUGGCGGUGAGCUGGCGAGGUGACACCACCAACACAGACCUUAGAAUAGACUACAAAUACAACACAGAGGCCAUGGCCGCCCCCGUGCCACUACACAACAUCCAGUUCCUGGUUCCUGUGGAUGGAGGCAUGGCCAAACUCCAGGCCAUGAUCCCCCCUGCCACCUGGAAUCCAGAGCAGCAGACGAUACAGUGGAAAAUCCCCAGUCUCUCUCAUAGAUCUGAAAAUGGAGGAGUAGGGGCUCUUCUGGGCCGGUUCCAGAUGACAGAAGGUCCCUGUAAACCCUCACAGCUGGCAGUCCAGUUCAGCAGUGAGGGAUGCACUCUGUCGGGGUGCGACAUCCAGCUGGUUGGGACUGGCUACCGGUUAUCGCUGAUCAAGAAGAGAUUUGCUGCAGGGAAAUAUUUGGCGGAUAAUUAGUGGACCUGUUUGUGAACGGAACCAAAAGAAUCAAUGGCUUUUGACUGUGAAGACUAUGGAUCCAUCCCAUGUUUAGUGCAUUUGAAACUUUAUCUUUAGCAACCAUUAGAAUUAAUGGUUGAGAUUUAACAGAAUAACACAACACACAGAGAUGAUUUUUGAGUUCGUAAUAUAAUUUUCAGUAGACUGACUGCUGCUGAGUUUAUGCAAGUAAAUACAAAUCAUUAGUUUUGUGAACUUGGAACACAUAUGGGCCUACAUGGAGUAAAACAUAGGGAAGCUCUGAUUCUUUGUUCUUGUUUUCAUACUUGUGGAUUCAUAGAGUGAUCCAGCCUUAUUCAUUGCAGUUUCUUUUGUCUAACUGGUCGUCAUUGCAAAUGCACUGUAAAAGAUAAUGUGAAUUGAUUAUAUAAUAUUACAACAAUCUUAAGCAAGGUGGAAAAGACUGGAAAAUGUAAAAAAAAAAGAAAAAAAAAAGAAGUGUAUUAUAGAGUUGCUUUGCAGUUGUAUUUUAAUAAGUUAUAGGUUCCAUGGUAAUAUCUGAUUUACACUGCCACCUCAAAUCAGAGUUUUUUCCACCACGUGUUAUUGAUCUUUAUUGUUGUCUAAGCAGAAUUUAUGUUUCUGUGUAGACAGCCUUUGAAAUGUCACAGCCCAUUCUAUCAGUCUUGUGAUUGAAGGUGACUGGUCAGUUCCCAGUUCAAAUGACCUGCAGCGCUGGAAUAACAUCAGCACUCUUAAAGGUCCCAUGACAUGGUGCUCUUUGGAUGCUUUUAUAUAGACCUUAGUGGUCCCCUAAUACUGUAUCUGAAUUCUCUUUCCCGAAAU